AUUUUCCUGAAUAAGGGACACUUCUUCGUUACUGGCGAUGAGCGACGCGGCCAAAAUUCGACUUUGUUUUGGCGUGAGACUGCAUUCUACGCUGUCUAUACAUUCAAGCAACCAAAGCGUCUGCGUGGAAGUGCUCGACUACCGUGUGCGUAUACGAGUGACAAAAUUGGAAUUCGCGUAUACGCUUUUCUUUCCCCACGUUAUUUUCCGCUUUCUGUGGCACUGAACAAAGUUGCUCGUGUACAUGCUCCGAGUGUCUUUUCUUCCCGCAGACAGGGGGAUCCUCCAUUCGUCCUGCCUUUCUCGUGCGUGUCUCCGUCCGGCCUGGCGUUACAGUCACAAAUAAUGCUACGGCAACAGUUCCUCUUCUUUUACAGCCCUCUACCCAGCCGCGUUGUUGACCCUUUUAACUUGCGCCUUACGCUUUUCUGUAGAGGCCUCUGUUCGCAGUUGCGUACCGCACUGAAGCAGGGCUUUGGUACAGGGGUCCAUGUUCUGCUGCGUGUUUCCGUGGUUUUAGGCAAGAUACGCCAACGUUGUUACCGUGUCGUGUACCUGGGAGCUCGGAACCCUUGUCUUCCUUUCGUUCUCACCACCCCAGUGUCACUUAUGCCGUGCAUGCUCCCCCAGCUUGUUUCCUUGUUCCAGUUCCCACCUCUGAUUGUCACUCGUUGCGUCCUGCUUUGUCUUGUGCCACUUACGUUGUUCUAAGUUUAGUCCAGUUUCCUUCAGCACCGUGUGGUGCUGUCUUCUGCCCCUGCGUAGUCCGAAUUCUUCUCUCCGGUACUUUUGGACUUUUUUACAUCCUCGCGCUCUGCGUUGCACUGUUUUUGCAACACGUUGCUCCUUCCUCGCGCCUUCGCCUUCUUUCUCUGUGCCGUUGUGUCUCUUUUAUUCUCCGCCACCCAUCACUCCUCGUUUCGCUUGUGUGUCGACUUCACCUUCCGUUUGCAUGUUACUCCAUCCUUCGCUGUUCUUUCGUUUCCGCCUUUCUUCUCUCCGUUGCCCCUUUGCUGCUUUUCAUUUUCUCCGUUUCCUCUUUAUCCUCCCGCGUAUCUGCCAUCUUGGUCUCCAGAAAGGAAUGGCCCCCCGUGUGAAGACAACGCCUGCCUGCUGUUUCAGCUCGUUUGGAAGCCUGAUUCUGAAGGGCGGCGACAAGGCAAUCGUAUGAUCCAUCUAAGCUGUGUUCUCCGUUUGCGGGAGUACCCCACAAAACAACCCUGACAAGGAGUGAAGGCUGGAGGAAAGCUCCUUCCCUUCGUUCUCGGCCUGUCCAGGUUUUUGGGCAUUUCCCCACGCCGUCUCUCCACCGUCUCCGUCUUCGCCUCUUGCCACUUUUCUAGCUGGCGCCAUGGACCCUACAGUUUCGCUCGCCGCGGGGGCAGAGCCUGUGGCUGGAGAAAAGCGAAAAGCCACUGCCUUGGAAGGAGAAAAUGCGUCGAAAGCUCUGAAGACGGCAGCGAGUUUCGCGUCUCCAGGGUUGCUGACGCCGUCGCCAGACGCGCGGAGUGCAUCUCAGCAGACUCUUCUCUCGCCUUCUGUUUCUUCCUACACCCCGCCUCCGCUCUGUUCUCCGACUGCGGCGUUUGUCGCAGGCGCUGCAGCUGUCACCUCCGUUCUGAGUGCGCCGCUGCUGGAGAAGUCCCAGAAUCUCCUGGGCGACGCCGCGGCUACCAGCUCGUUGGGCUCCAACGCCGGCGCGCCGCAGGGGACAGGCGAGCAUGCGGUGGAUGUGGCGCGUGCGGCCGCGGCGGCGGCAGCAGCUGUCAGCGCCCGACAGGCGGCAGCCAACAGCGCAGCCAAGGCACUGCAGAUGGCCCUAAAGACAGCAGAAUUGAUUCAGGGACCACCGGGCACUCCGGGGGGCGCAGCUGCGGCUGGGGCGGACCUCAGCGCGCAGAGUCGGCACGCGAGAAAAGUUUACGUCGGCAAUCUUCCAGUCCCCGUGACGCAAGCAGAGGUGCAGCAGUACUUCAACGAACUCCUCACCACACUCUUGCCCAAGAAGGUUCCCGGAGACACGAUCGUGCACGUCUACGUCAAUCCGUCUCGUCGCUUUGCCUUCCUAGAGCAUCGGUCCAUCGAAGAGGCAAACUUCACGCUGGGCCUCGACGGCGUCUCUUGGCGAAACUGCGCUCUGAGUUUGCGUCGCCCACAAGACUACAACCCGACGCUUGCAGAGCAACAGUACAGAGAAGAACGUGCUCGCCUGGGCAGCAUGACUGGUUUCGCCGUUCCGCCGCCGAGUCAAGCAGCGACGCCAGCGUCGCCUGCAGAGAGCUCUCUCAUUGCUGGCGCUCUGGGCAUUGUCUCCACCACCGUCCCCGAUAGUCCGCACAAAAUUUUCAUUGGCGGCCUGCCUCACAGCAUCACGGAGCAAGGGUGCAAGCAACUGUUGGAGGCCUUUGGUCAACUCCGCGCGCUGCACGUUGUCAAGGACCAGCAGCGAGGAGACUGCAAAGGCUUUGCAUUCUGUGAAUACCUCGACCCAAAUGUGACAGACGUCGCCGUCGCUGGACUGAACAACAUGCGCAUCGCCGAUCGGGUCUUGCAAGUUCGACGAGCCAUGCCCCAUGGGCAAAUGAAGGCCGGGGCUGACGGCAGCGCCGCUGGUUCCCCGGCUCCUGCUGCUCCUUCGAUUGUUGGCGAAGUUGGUGAACGCCUUCCUGCAAAGUCUGCGACGAUAACUCUGAGCAAAGUUAUUGCCAUCCACAAUAUGUUGCCGCCUCUGCCUUUGGUGCCCGUUCUGCUGCGCGAGGCAGCUGCGUCGGAGGCUCGAAUGCGUGCCAGCCCGUACGGAGAAAUUCUUUUCAUCGACGUUUUAGAGCAUCUCGCGACUUCCGCUGCAGCGAAGGGAGAGGGCGUUCCCGUCCUUGUCGAGUUCCGAGACGUCGACUCUGCUAUUCAGGCGAUGAGUGGCAUUCAAGGAAGCACGUACGACGGCAGGUCCCUCAGUGUGGUUUUUGCGGAGCCAUCAGCUGCGAUGAAGAAAGCGGCAGUCCUUCGCAUCAUCCAAGAAGCAGGGGGGAGCACGGCAGUUCCUGUGAAGACGCGUCCCUCCGCUUCGGGUGUCACUACACCCAAAGACUCCUCCGAAGCUCAGGAGGUGAAGCGGGAGCAAGUCUCAUCUGGUGCAGGCCGUGCCGAGGAAAGCGGCAAAAACACCACGCCAGUACCUGCUUCUGAACAUGUCUCGCGGAGUCCAGCGGAAGCCGCCGCUGCAGGCUCAGCGGCAGUGGCUGCCUUUUUGUUCGGUUCGGGUUCGCCAGCGGCGGGGUUGGCUGUAGCAAGCAGCCAGCAAAACGGCCAAGCAAACGGCCAGAGUGAGUCUGAAUCGAAGCCACAGUCGGGCCGGUCUCCGCAAAUCGAAGGCAGUCACGGGCAGACAACGAGCGAAACAGAAGACGUGCAAGAAAAAACGGCAACUGCCGGCACAGAAGUCCAACAGGACACUGACACAAACAGCGGGUCGGGUACUGGUGGUGGUGCGGCCGCGGGAGAUACAAAGGGGGAGGAAAAACAUGGAUAGGUGCGCGUAAUCCUUCAGGUGAGGAUUGUCGUGUAGGACUGGGGGAACACAAAGAGAAAUCGCGUAAAACCGAAAGGAAACGCGUGGCACUUUGUCCGCAGGUGCGUCGGCAACGCACCUGCCAACAAACGCACGCAUGCAGAUAGUUUACACAGAGAGGAACAAACGCUUCUCUAUGUAUACACUGUGUGGGAGAGACACGUGAAAAUGUGUAACAAGGUUUUCUUGCAUCUGUACGACUGUAUUGGUGAGCGGGGUUUCAGAGCAGCACAGUGAAGAAAUAUUUCUGGAAAAAGGCAUUCGCCUGACACGACGGGGGCAGACAGGCGGUUCUGCCUUUUUGCCGAGUAGGGGGCAACACCGUCAGUCGCCGUAUUGCAGUGGACCCUUCGAAUUCUGAGGGAUUCGGAGAUUGUGCAGAAGGCAUUUCUUUAUGCUAUAUGAAGGUAAAGCAAACCGAGGAGUCGAAGUCCGGGAGCGCUUAGCAGGGCCACGCCAGGGCGUUGACAGUUCUUUCUUGCGCAUGUUCUACUGUUAUUUUCCGGCUUUCUUCGUUUCAGUACAUCGUCGUGGGUUGGAAGCAAAGUCCUUCAGUGCAGUCUUGUUUGAGACGUUCGACACGUCGGGGGCCAGGGCUUGAAUUGGUUUCUUUCGUGUCAGAAAUACUGGCUAUGCUAUUCGCCUGCAUGCAGCAAUCCACAUAAACAAUGGAGCGUGGAAAGGAAGCCCACUGUGAUUCGCCGCCUCCUCACUUCUUACACAGAGCUCUCGAGGCACACACAGUGUGUCAUCCUCUGCAGACACGGUGUUCGCUGCCGUCGUUCGUUUCCUCAUGGGUGCUCGACACGUCCGGUUGGGACUUCGCAGUCGAAUGAGUUCUCUGCGUCAACAGUGAACCGCAACCUCGUCCGCGCUGGAGGCUGUUGCUUAGUGCGUAUCACAGACGAAGGAUGUAUAUUUAUAUUUAUACUCCUUUUCACACGUUUCGACCCCUCCCGCUUCUUGUAUCUAGCAUGCGUAGUGGAUUCUCAUUGCAUCCUUCCUGUCUCUAGACCGGACUCCGUCGGUUGUUCCAGCUCUGUGGAACAGCGAGUGUAAAUCAAUAGGCG